ACGCCCCACCUCGUCUUCCUCCCGUCCCGUCUCUGCACUGCACUGAAUCGAGUAGUGGCGGAAUAUUUUUCUUUUCCACGCGCUGCUACGGCCACCCGAGCUCACGCGCUGCUGAGGCUGCUAGUGGAGUUGUCCUCAAGGAAGGCGGGGGAGGAAGAGGAGGAGGAGGGCGGGCGCUCCCCCAAUGGUGGCGGAGUCCUGAAGGCUCAGGAGAUGAUACGGUACCAGGUGCGGAACGAGUACGGGCUGGCGGAUCCGGCGCUGUACGCGCCGGAGGAGGAGGAGGAUGACCCGGAGGCGCUGCUCGAGGGCGUCGCCAUGGCCGGCCUCGUCGGCCUGCUCCGCCAGCUCGGGGAUCUCGCCGAAUUCGCCGCAGAAAUAUUUCAUGACCUGCAUGAAGAUAUGAUGGCCACUGCUUCUAGAGGGCAUGGUUUGAUGCUUAGAUUGCAGCAGCUAGAGGCAGAAUUUCCUGCAGUUGAGAAGGCAAUCAUAGCACAGACUGACCAUUCAACUUACCUACAUGAUGAUGGUAUUGAGUGGCAUUCAAAUCUGCAGCUUAAUCAGAAUUUGAUCACGAUAGGAGAUAUGCCUCGUUUCAUUUUGGAUUCAUAUGAAGAAUGUCGUGGCCCACCACAUUUAUUCACGUUGGAUAAGUUCGAUGUUGCUGGUGCUGGGGCCUCCUUAAAACGAUAUUCAGACCCAUCUUUCUUUAAGAUGGGACAGACCUCCAACAUGAUUGAGCCGGAUUACUUAAGAGAGAAAAAGCCCCGUAGGAUAAAGAAAAAGGCUAUGCGAAGGAAAGGGGAAACACUCGAAUCAUUGCUUAUUGCGAACUCUGAGUCUCAAAUUACGUCAUCAAAGGAUCGAUCUUCUAGAAAAGUUCCACCAAGGACAACAAAACUGAAAUCCAGGCAUUUACGGGAUUCUUACAAUAAAACUAUAAGCAGAAUCUGCAGGGAACAAUUGCAAGAAGUAAUUUCAUCACAACAGAUGAUCUUGUCAAAUUAUUCUGCAAGGAACUUCCAUGCAAAAUUUAGGUCAACUGACUCAAGUGAAAUAAUAUCUUCAUUUGGAGAAUUAGACAAUUUCAGUGCCCCUGCUCAGUCUUUUAAUAAACAUGAACUGACGAAGGUUGUCCCAGUAGACGAAUCUGAUACUUUGGUGACUGCAUCUGCACCCAUUAAUGGGCCGAUUCAUCUUGAGAUAGAUGAUGGUCAAUUUCUGGCAACACAACAGGAACAUUUCGAAAUGGAACAGAUCUGCAAGGGAUCUCCAUUGCAGUCAGUGCAGGAAGAGAAACUUCAAUUGGCUGUAGUUCCUGUUUACCAUGACGAUGAUCCCUGCAGGCCUGAUGAUAUUGGUAGUGAUCAAGACAAGUUUAUUGACACCCUUAAUACAGAAUCAGAAGGUGAAGCCAAUCAUAGCAUGAAAAGUCAAAAGAAUCUCAGUGCCGAAAUGGAAGUGGAUAAUUUGAACUGUGAUGGCAAGGAAGCUGAAAGUGUGCUGGAUGUACAGUUUUCAGAACUAGGUCCUGCGGAAGACCUGUCAUCAGGGUUGAGCAAUCCAUGCAAUGACACAGAACCAACCCGUGCAGACUCAUUUCUGCUAAGUGACUCUUCUCCUUCUGCAGUGUCAGACACAAAAGAUACAGACUCUGAUUCAGAUUCUUGCAAACAAUUGAGUGGUGAUAAUUGGAUCAACGACAAAGAAUCUUGUAACGAUGUUGAUCUAAUGGAUGUCAGCUCAUCAUCCAGUGUGACCUCUGAUGACAAUGGUAACUUUGAAACUGACACUAAUCUCAAUGGCUGUGUACAAAACCAGGAGGUGUCUUUUCUCCCUUCCAACGAUUAUCAUGCUGGUGCUAUCCCUAGUUCUGAAAAACAGUUACCCCAGACAUCUAGUGGCUUGGAUGGUUUGGCUAGCAUUAGCAGUGAUUACCACGAAAUAGCAUAUCGCUCAGCAGAGGAUGGCCAAAAUAAUGUGGUAGAUGGUACUUCUACGAUAUCUGGACAACCCAAUGAUGUUUCACAUGCUGGUGGAGAAGUUGAAGUUCCACAUGCUGAUGAUUUGUUACUUCAGAGUAGCACACACAAUCAAGAACAAAUACAGUUGUCCAAGGAACCGUUUGAAGAAUGCACAUCUCUAGCUACAGUUGUCCAAGAAACAGAUACCAAAGUUGCAUCACUGCCAGACAUGGAUCCUGUUGUGCACAUGAAUGACUUGGAGUUCAACAAUGUUGCGCUUCCUGCAGAAAUUGAUACGCGUACAACACCAACUAGUUUGGAUCCUGAUGUUACCCACAAGCAUUCUGACAAGCUUGGUUCAGGAGUUAUACCUAUUCAUUCAAUCACAUCGGAUAAUCCAUCGCAUGGAUCAGAUCACAGUGAACUGGUUGAAGAAUUACACUGUUUACCAGAUGAAGAUCUAUAUAAGCAUAUCACAGAGGAUCAAGAAAUAGCUGCACUGGAAAAAGGGCCCUGUUCAGUUAGGCUCGACACACACAAAGAAGAUUCUAUGCAGGCGUCUGUUGUGCCCAUGCACGUCUCUAAUAUUCAGGUGAUCCCAGGACUUGCUGAAUCCGUACCUACUUUUCAAGAUGACACAGAAGCUCAUACAAGCGAGAUGCUGGAACAAUCUCCACGGGUAUUGAAUGAUGAUACAAAAUCAUCGUUGAUUGAUGUCCCAUCAGCUUCUAGUACUGCCCCUAUACUUGAUACCGUCAAAUCCUGCAUGGAAUACCAUGAAUCCAUUGAAACGGUAAAAAAUGUGGAGCACAGUGAAGUUCUGGUUGAUGCUGGGGUUGUAGAAGAAUCGACUACCGGCAGGUUUGAUGAUGACAUGAUACCUUCUGAUGAUGGUGCCAAACAUACCGAGAAAGCAGAGGUUGAUGCCGAGGUUGUAGAAGAAUCGACUACCGGCAGGUUUGAUGAUGACAUGAUACCUUCUGAAGAGGAGCAUGCUGAUGGUGCCAAACAUACCGAGAAAGCAGAGGUUCUGCCUACAAAUUCUAGUCAUGAUAUACCAUUGCAAUCCAGUCCUUUCAGGGAAGACAUUGAAGCAGUUGAAGCUACCUGUGAAAACCUUGGAUCACUAGAAGAGUCAAGAGGACAUAUCUUUAGAGAAAGUAUGCUGCAGACAGCCAAUCUUCCACAGCCUAUUGAAAUAGAAACGUCAGGCGGAACACUGGGUGGCAGUGAUGAUAUUCUAUAUGUUCCACCAUCGCAUUUUCCAGAAGAUUCUUGUCAAGAGGAAUUACCAGAAGAAACCACUCUAAUUGCUGAAGAAGUUCCAUUUCAGAGUGAUUUGGACAAGGAUGUUACAGUAAGCCCGAACAGUAACAUGGUGUGGGAGCAACUAUCAGAUGUCGAUCAAGACUUGGUGAGGGAGUUAUCUGCUCAAGAUUCUUUUGGCACAAACCCAUUUGUCGAUCCUGGGUACAUGGUGAGCUCUACUGAUCCUUUGCCCGGUAUGAGCUAUCAACCAUGUUGCUCUGAAGAAGAAGAUGAUUUUCUCUCAGAACUUCUAAUCCAGCAGUGUAACAUUCAAGCGAAAGAGAAUCUGUAUCCACUUGAUGAUUCUCUCUGGGAACCUGCAACUCCACCUGAUGAAGCACCAUUACCGUCAGAAGUCAUGACUGAACAGGACUUCAGAUCCUUGUGCCAUGAAUACCAUGAGAUUGAUUUUACUGCUGCCACAGAAGGCUUUGAUUAUAAACCAUCCUCAGAUUCUAACGAUAUUGCAAAUGAUUGUGUGGUCAGUGUAUUGGAUUCCCCUAGUUCUGUCUCUGUGCUGUCAGCGGAAUUAGACCAGGAAGUGGUUUGUUCUAAGCCGGAUUCUCAACUUGCUGAAUGUUCAUCUGCCAGGGAUAUAACAGGCGAGACAAUCGUGCCCUUAUCCGCCAUGAAAGUUCCUGAUGGUGAGAAACAGGCAGUGGAUUCUGACUUGAGAUCUCACGAGUCUUUCGGCGAUGAGAAAAAUCUUGAACUGGAUAUCUUUUCCAUUCCAGUGAAAUCAGAGCAGGAACAACGUCCCUUGCCUGAGGUUGUUCCAGUGAAAGAAGAGCAGGACCCCUGUGCUAACCUUCCUCCACAUGCUUUUAUAAAUGAAAAGGUAGGUGAAUUGGAUGCUCACUCGAGUAACUUGCCAGUGGAACCGUUGGUAGGAGCACGUGGCUUGGAUGGACUGGAUGUCCUUCCUUUAAGGAAACCUAUUCCAACUCAGGAAUCAGACUCACGUGUCUUAGAUGGACCUAACUCUCAAAGUGUUCCAUCGUCCUCAACGGAUAAGACAGUUGACGAUCUAGAUGUCCCUCCGAGGAUUGCUCUUGAAGCUGAGGAGUCAGAAGAUCAGUUUACAGGUGAAAAUGAUUCUCAGAUUGCUACAUCUUACGUUUGUGAGAAGACUGAAGAACCUGCUGGCCCUCCAAGCAAUGCUGUUCUUGUUGAAAAGGAGAAAGUUUGUGCUCCAAGUGAACUUGAUUCUCAAAUUGCUUCAUGUUCUUUGCCUAACAAGAAAAUAGACGAACUAGAUUGUCCUCCUUUGAGUGGUUCUGCAUUGAUAGAAAAUGAGUCGGAAGAUCAUAUCUCUGGUGUUCCUGAUUCUCAAAUUGCUCCAUAUUCUUCAGUAAAUGAUAAGAUUGUUGGACCAGGUGCUUCUACAUCAGUAAAUGAUACAGAGGCAGGGUGGGAAACUUGUCCGUCUCCUGAAUUGGAUCCUCAGUUUGCUCCAUGUCCCUUAAGUGAUUACAAUGUUGGUAGACUGGACGAGACUCCAUCAUGCAAUGUCCAAGUGGAAGCACAUAAUGGACCCUAUUACUCACCUGAAUUUGAUACCCGAAUUGCUCCAUAUUUUUCAGUAAAUGAUAAGAUUGAUGUACCAGGUGCUGCUACAUCAGUACAUGAUAUGGAGGUAGAGCAAGGGUGGGAAGCAUGCGCAUCCCCAGAAUUGGAUUCUCAAAUUGCUACGUGCCCGGCGAGUGAGGACAGGGUUGGUCAACUAGAUGGAUCUUCGUCAUGCAAUGUCCAAGUGGAAGUAGCCCGAACUCCAUAUUCUUCAGUAAAUGAUAGGAUUGAUGUACCAGGUGCUUCCACAUCAAUACAUGAUAUGGAGGUAGAGCAAGGGUGGGAAGCAUGUGCAUCCCCUGAAUUGGAUUCUCAAAUUGCUCCGUGUCCGAUGAGUGAGGACAGGGUUGGUGAACUAGAUGGAUCUUCGUCAUGCAAUGUCCAAGUGGAAGCAGAGAAUGCAUCCUAUUGCUCACCUGAAUCUGAUUCCCAAAUUGCACCGGGUUCUUUGAAUUCUAGCGCGCUAGCUGAGAGAUCAGCAGUGGCUUCUACUUCUGUCAUGCAUAGUACCAAGGAAAUCGAUCGGGUUUUUCCUGUUCCACCACACCCUGAACCGUUUCAAAGUGUGUGCAGUGAAGAUCCUCAGAAGCUACCCCCUCUUCCUCCUCUUCAGUGGAGGCUUGGAAGGCCUCGUUUGGGACUUCUGAGUAAAAAAGACCGUGUGCCUGAGCCUGCAAGCAGAACAACUUCCAUUUUGCCUGUAUCGAGUCAAGAUAUGGAUAAUGGCCUGGUUUCACUUGACAGAAUGGCAGAACCAAUAGCGUCAGUUUCCUCUCAAGAUAUCAAAGAGAGGUAUCAGAAUUCUGUGGUGGACAAUAGUGAUCAAAGGGUAGAAUCUGGAUUGCCAGGGGAACAUGACAGGCCAUUUUCAGAGGCUUGUGGGAACAUCAAGCAUCAGGGGCAUAUCACUUCAUCACCAUCGGAGGCUGAAGAACAUCUGAAUGACAGUGGGGCCACUGCACAUGUAAUUAACCAGCAAGAUCGUCAACAGCACCUCUUGUGUUCAGAUAUUUCAGACAUUGCUGAGCAUCUCAGUUCUACAGAUCCAGCUGCAUCUGAGGAUGACAAAACGGUGGAUGAUCACAAUGCUGCACGUAACGUGCAUUUCCACAAAGUGAGCUCUUCAACACCAGGGCAUGUUUCCGAAAAUGGUAGUUGCCAGCAAUCUCAGCACGGUGAAUCAUUAUCAGGGACUCCAGACAAUGAGGAGCAUAGUUCAAAUGCAUCAGAUGAGGAGAAGAAUCUGAAAGACCAGUCAAUCACAAGAGGAUUACCUUUAGACACAACAAAACAUACUGCAUCAGGCUCGGUGUUAGAAGAAGGCAAUAUCCAGGAGAGUCAGUUACCGGAACAAGAUGCGGAUAACCUCAAGGGUGGUCCGUCUGAAGGCCAGUCACAUACUGCAGAAGCAAUAGUAUCUGAAGAUUAUCCCCAUGGUGAUCAUAAUUUGGACACAGAGAAUAUACUUCAGCCAAACCCGUCGUGGCCUAGCAAUAUAAGUAAAUAUCUUGGUGACCUUGAUGAAGGCGGCUAUGCACACGCUGAGCAGCCACCAGUGAUGGGAUGGACUGUUGGACCUCAGAUGCUUCAUCCUAAUUAUGGAAUAUCAGCGGAAGGGAGCAGAUUUGAACCCGAGGUCACAGAUUAUCGGUUAACCAGAAAGCCAGUUUCAGUGAGAAAUAUCCCAAGAAAUCCACUUGUUGAUGCUGUUGCUGCUCAUGAUCGAAGCACGAUGCGCAAGGUUUCAGAACUUGCUCCCGCCACAGAUAAGCCAAACACCAAUGAUAAAAACUUGUGGCUAGAGCAGAUAAGGAACAAGGUUGGAGAACUUGCCCCCACCGCAGAUAAGCCAAAUACCAAUGACAAAAACUUGUGGCUUGAGCAAAUAAGAAACAAGACAUUUGACCUGAAACCAGUGGGUUCUGCUAAACCGACAUCCAUGAUAGCCCCUGCUAGAGCCUCUAGUGGAAACCUGAGAGUUGCUGCAAUAAUAGAGAAAGCAAAUGCCAUACGCCAGGCGGUGGGAAGUGAUGACGAAGACGACGAUAAUUGGAGUGACACAUAGAGCACCCAUUAUUUUGCCCUCCUGCUGUUUUUUCCUUGGCAGAAAGGUGCCAAACCAGCAAGAUCUUGGACAGGGUGCACAGCCAUGCCAUCUUAUGGUCCUAACAUUCUUAGCCUUGUCUCUCUCUUGUAUAUAUAGUAUAGGGAAAUGCCCAUAUGUUCAUGUUUUUUUGCCAUUCUUCUCUGCAUUCUUUUUGGCCUCACUGUGUGUAUACUUGCCUCCCCGGUCAGCAAAAGGCUGCCGAAGGUAGGCAUGUUCUUUGGAGACCAAUUUGUUCAGGUCUAAUGUAAAUCGUUCACCUCUCUUUUAAGUCUCAACCUUUGCUCGUAUUGUAGAUUUGUGGUAGAUUUAUCUUGAAAUGCAAAAUGGGUUAGCAUGCUGUGA